AUGUCGCAAAUAGAGCUGCACACGAAAGUCUUUUAUGGUUUAAAAACUGACGUACUAAACAACGCACAUUUUGUUACUGACAGCGAUGUUCUUUAUCCGGUGGGAAAUGCUCUGGCUGUUCAUAAUUUUGAGAGGCAGAAACAGCGGCUGCUGCAUCUUUCUGACAAGCGGAAUGUUAAUAUCAUCGCUUUGACGCCUAAUAAAAAAUAUGUCGCCCUCUGCGAAACCGGCGACAAACCUUCGAUCUCAAUCUACGACCUUUCUCAACUAAAGCGCAAAAAGUCCCUAGUAAUUCCCUACGACUCUCCCGGCGUCACCAAAUUCUCCUGCAUCGCUUUUAGCUUCGACAACCGCUACCUAGCGGCGAUAACCGGAGAGCCUGACUCAACCCUCCUGUACUACCUCUGGGAGAAAGGUAAAGUAGAAUCUUCUUUAAAACUUCCUAACCUAGACCCCGAAUCUUACAUCAGUUUAAUAUCCUGCAAUCCUGGAGACGUUGGAAUUGUCGCAGUGGCUGGGCCACAUACUUUCAAGCUCUUAACAGUCUCUGAAACCGUAUGGCGACCUUACGGCUUCUCCAAAGCAGACAAUUUACUCAUCAGCUCAUUAGUUUGGUUAAAUACCGACAGGUUGCUCUUUGGAACCAAAGAUGGAAGGCUAUUUUACCUUGAUAAUGGUGAUCUAAAGGCUAUUUUUAUAGUUAAGGAGCUUAAUGUCAUCAAUUUAAAGACCAGGGAUGAGUUUGUGAUAACCCCAAGCCCCGAAUUGUCCAGCUGGCCGGAAGAAAUCCGCAGUUUGGUGUCUUAUCCAAAAGGAUUUGCCUUUGGUUGGGGUUCUGGAAGCUUAUUAGUCUUCCAGAAGGAAAAUCAUCACAAAUUUAUUAAAAAGCAGGUCUUUAAGGUGCCUAACCAGGUCUCUACAGCUUCUGGGGAAGAUUUAUACCGGAUUAAUUCAGUGAAUAUCAACCCUAGCCACAACCAAUUGAUAGUAACCACAGGUUGGUCCCAAUUGUUCUCCGCGAAGCUUAGCGACGACUCAGAAGACCUAGAAGAGGAAUUGCAGAUCAUGGGGCAGGCUCUGCACCAAGGAAAGAUCAGUAAGGUCAGCAUGUGUGCUUGGAAAUCCGUGUUUAUGACUUGCGGAGCCAGCGACAGGAGUGUCAGGCUCUGGGACUACGAAUCUGAAAGCUUACUGAUGAUGAAACAGUACUCAGAAGACAUUUUCUCAGUGUCCUUGCACCCGGUUGGCCUGUUCUGCUUGAUAUCCUUCACGGACAAGCUUAGAUUCAUGAAAAUCCUGAUUGACGACCUUAUUCCCGCCAAGGAAUUCGCUAUUCGCGACUGCAGGACCAUGAGCUUCAGCCAGGGAGGGCAUCUUUUCGCAGCAGUUAAUGGCAACGUCAUCCAGGUUUAUACUACAGUGACCUUCGCGCAAAGAUUGGUCCUAAAAGGGCACACUGGAGUCAUCCAAGAAGUGGUUUGGUUCCAGUCGGAUCUUAAGCUUGUAACCUGCGGCUACGAAGGCGCCAUUUACGUCUGGGACAUUAGCACCGGGUCCAGGAUUUCUGAGACUAUCAUCAAGAAUGUUAAGCUUCAUGGUGUUGCUGUUGGAUUGGGUGCGAUAUUUUGCAUCGCUACUGAUAGGAAGAUUAGGGAGAUUAGGGACAGUGUGGUGAGGGAAUUCAAUAUGGCGGAGGAUAUGAUGAGCUUGUUGGUGGGAAAGCAGAACCCUUUGGCCUUCAUUACGUGCCCCGGAGGCGCCAUUUUGUUCUUUAAUUUGCAAGAUCAAGGAAAAGGAGAGAUAAGGAGUUAUAAUGUGCAUUGUAGUGAGGUUAGUGAUCUCAGUUUGGCGAAUCAGGAACAUGUUGUCAUUUCCGCGGCGAUAGAUGGCAGUCUAUGCUUUUGGAGAGUCAUAGGGCCGGAGAAAGUUGCGGUGACCUACACUACCGAGGUUCUAAUCGGUAAGGUGGAUUUAGAGGAUAAGGUUUUGAAGAUAGAAGAGUUGAAGAGGAGGUUAAAGGAAUUAGAGACGGAAAAUUCGUAUAAGUUAAGGCAAAUUGAGGUUAAGAAUUGUGAAAAGUUGAAGGAGAUUAAUGGCGGGUACUACGAGGCGGUGCAGGAAUUACUGGAGAGGAUUGAGAGGAUGAAGGAGGAUAGGCAGAGUGAAUUAAAUAGGAUUAAUGUGGAGAUUUUGAGGAAGAAGAAGGAGAAUGAGGAGGUUAUAAAGGAAAUGGAGAGUGAUUAUAAUAAUAAGCUGAUUUUGGAGUAUGAUAAGUAUGUUGCUUUGGAGAAAGCUAGGAAUGAUAUGAGGAAGGAUUUUGAAGACAAAAUGGCGGAGUUGAAGGAGAGGUUGCUUGGAGAGCGUCAACAGAUGGCGCGGAAGUUUGAAGAGGAGAUUUUUGAGAAGACUGCGGAGAUUGAGGAGCUCCAGGAGGAAAUAACCCAGGUUUUGAGGGAGCAUGAAGAAGUUAAGGAGGGGAUUGAGGUGGAUGCUGAUAGGGAAAUUGUGGAGGUUAGGACGGAGUAUGAGGCACUGCUUUUUGAGGAGAGGGGGGCGAGUUUGAGGCUCAAAGGAGAAGCGGGGGUGCUGAGGAAUAGGUUUGAGGCGAGUCGGAGGGAUAUUGAUGAGCUAAAGAGGGAGUUAGGGAGUUUUAAGGGGGAGGUGGAGCAUUAUCAGAAAAUGAUUGCGGAGGCGGAGAAGGAUUUGUUGGAUUUGAAGAGUGAGGUUAGGGAGAGGGAUGGAAUGAUUCAGGAGAAGGAGAGGAAGAUUGCGGAGCUACUGAGGAGUAAUAGUGAGCUGGAGAAAUAUAAGUUUGUGCUGAAUUAUAAGAUCAAGGAGCUUAAGGAGAAGAUUGAGCCGAGGGAGGAGGAGAUUAAGGAAUUGAAGGUUAAGAUUGAGGAGAUGGAGGUUGAGCUGGUGAAUUUGAAGAAGAGGAAUGAUAGAUUGGAGAUUAAGGCCCUGGAAUUGAAGGAUAAGGUUGCGGGAGCGAAGAAAGAGGGGGAGGUUAGGGUUAAGAAGGUUAGGGAGCUGGAGAAAAUUUUGGAGAAGGUUAGGAGAGACCUUGUGGAGGCUGUGGAGAUUUGUGAGUAUAAGGAGCUAAGGAAUUGGAUCAAGCAGAUGUUUCAGAGGUAUGUUGGUGAGGAGUUUAGGAAGAGUGUGAGAGAUGGCGCUGAUGUUGUUUGCGAGUUUGAGAGACAGAGGGAGCAAUUGGAGAGGACUGUUGAGUCUUUGAGGAAGCAGGUUUAUAAAAAAUGA